GCGGCCCUCGCCAUCUGGAGAAACCAGGCUCCAGAGUUUCUUGGCCUGAUCUUUGCCCUCCCUCCUGUUUCCUGCAGCGACCAGGGCAGAGGCCACUCUAGUCCGGGGGCAUUUCUCCCCUGCUAGGGCAUGGAGCUGCCACCUCCCCAGCCUCCCCAGCAUUGGGGGUAAAUGCAGGCCGCUCGGGAUAAGCAGCGAUUUCAGGCUGUUCGCAAGGCCUCUUGCUGAGCUCUGAGGCCCUCAAGCCGCUCGGCACCCGGCCUUCCAGGGCCUCACACAGGAAGAGGAGCUCUGAAGUGGGUCCCGACCCGACGUCCCCAUUUUACGAAUGGAGAAGCCGAAGCUCAGAGGAAGGAAGUGACGUGCCCGGGGCACACACACUAGCAGAGCCUGGGGGUCCAGACUGGUCCUCCGCCUCCGCCCUCACUGACCGGAGGGACCAGAGACUGUGAGAGCCGGAUGGGAAAACUGAGUCCAGGAAAGGAGACAUCAGUACGAAAGGUGGUGGGGGAGGGACCGAGGCCGUUGCUGAGUUGCCUGCGCCCUGUACCAGGAGCCUCCCGGAGCUCUGAGCUGCAGCAGGACUGGCUGAGCCAGAGGCGGGGCAGGGGCACCAGCCCUUUGCCCCAGGGACAGAGGGAGGGCAGAACUAGAAGAAGGUCAGAAGGAUGUGUCUGGGCAGAUUGGCACCUUCUCCCCGCCCCCAGCCUCCCUCAGGUCCCAGGUGACCUUUCCCCCAGAUCCCAGGGUCCAGGCCCUGCCCCUGACAGGAGGUGUGGAAAACAGAAGCAGCUGGGAUUGGUCAGAGCUGGCGGGGCAGGGCGGGGGGAGGGGGGUGUCCCAGCCUCCCCCACCCCCGCACAGCACAGAGCGGAGCUGAGCAGGUGGACUCUGGAGAUAGAACCUCCAUAGCUGCCUGGCAGCUGCUGCAGGCCUGUUCCAGCCGGACCCCUGCCCUCCAGACAUGGCCUCGGGGCUCCUUGAUCCCCAGCCCUGUGGCCUUUUGGGGGUGCAGACAGCCUAAGUGGCACACCCCAGAGGCCCUGCCUAUGCCCCUGACCAGGACACAGCCGGCCUCUGGCAUGGAGGACAUGGAAACAGUGGCCCCAGCUGUGGACCUAGUGCUGGGUGCCUCGGCCUGUUGUCUGGCCUGUGUCUUCACCAACCCUCUGGAGGUGGUGAAGACUCGGCUGCAGCUGCAGGGGGAGCUGCGGGCCCCGGGCACCUACCCUCGGCCCUACCGGGGCUUGGUGGCCUCUGUAGCUGCUGUGGCCCGUGCGGAUGGGCUGUGUGGCCUGCAGAAGGGACUGGCUGCCGGCCUCCUCUACCAGGGCCUCAUGAACGGCGUCCGCUUCUACUGCUAUAGCUUAGCCGGCCAGGCUGGCCUCACCCAGCAGCCAGGUGGCACUGUGGUUGCAGGUGCUGUGGCUGGGGCACUGGGAGCCUUCAUAGGGAGCCCUGCUUACUUGGUCAAAACGCAGCUGCAGGCCCAGACAGUGGCUGCGAUGGCUGUGGGGCACCAGCACCACCACCAGAGCAUCCUGGGCGCCAUGGAGACCAUCUGGCGGCAGCAAGGCCUGGCAGGGCUGUGGAGGGGUGUGGGUGGGGCUGUGCCCCGAGUCAUGGUCGGCUCAGCUGCCCAGCUGGCCACCUUCGCCUCUGCCAAGGCCUGGGUGCAGGAGCAACAGGUGAGGGGCCAGGGGCACCUGUGCCCACCCAGAAACACAGGAGUGAUGAGGGCUACCUGCCUCCUUUCUCCCUGUCUGAGUCUGAAUCACAGUCUGACAUCUCCAGCUAGACCCCCACAUCCCAGGGGGUGGUGACAGGCAAGCAUUGC